CCCGCCCCCCCGGCCUGUUCCCUCUCUGGUCGGGCCAGGCGCGGCCAGUCCCGCGAGCUCCCGGCAGAGGCUGAGGGAGAGAGAGAGAGGGGAGGAGGACUCAGGGCGUAGGAGCCGGGGAGCCCUCCCGCGCCACAGAAAAUUUCCAGAGACUUGGUGAAGAUAGGAAGCUAUCAGAAAGACCAUAGCACUAUUGUACUUUCUUUCCUUUUCUGUUCCCUGUCCUGGUUCCCUUUGACACUUUUACGAUGGUCGUGAACCCAUUUCCUGACUUGUCAGAAGUCAGCAAGGAGGAGGUAUUUGCUGUUUAUCCUGAAGCUCAGCUGAGGCAGAGCUCAGCUGAUCUGUUUCUUGAUUGUUCACUUCCUGUUGGCCAGCCAAGACUCUGACUGGAGACUUCUGUGGUGCAGAGCCUGACCUCAUUUGUGGGCCGUAACAGGAGCAUGCAUUUGCCAGUGUCAGCUAGAUUUGUGGAUCAAUAAAGUUUUCCUUAAAGGUGGCCACUUUUGGUGACACUGUCCAGUUCUCACAAUGUAUCAUUCCUUGUCUGAAACUAGACAUCCUCUGCAGCCAGAAGAACAAGAAGUGGGCACUGACCCCUUGUCGAGUUACUCAGACAAGCCUGGAGGAGAUUCAAAUCAAAAUGGAAGAACAAGUUCUUUAGACUCUGAUGGGACUUUUAAUUCCUAUAGGAAAGAAUGGGAAGAACUAUUUGUAAACAACAAUUACUUGGCAACAAUAAGGCAGAAGGGGAUUAAUGGGCAGCUGAGAAGCAGCAGGUUCCGCAGCAUUUGCUGGAAGCUUUUUCUCUGUGUUCUUCCUCAAGAUAAAAGUCAGUGGAUAAGUAAAAUUCAAGAACUAAGAGCAUGGUAUAGCAGCGUUAAAGAAAUACACAUCACAAACCCUAGGAAGGCUGUUGGCCAGCAAGACUUGAUGAUCAAUAACCCGCUUUCCCAGGACGAAGGGAGUCUUUGGAACAAAUUCUUCCAGGAUAAAGAACUUCGGUCAAUGAUUGAACAGGAUGUCAAAAGAACGUUUCCUGAAAUGCAGUUUUUCCAACAAGAAAGUGUGAGAAAAAUUCUUACAGAUGUUCUUUUCUGUUAUGCUAGAGAAAAUGAGCAGUUGCUUUAUAAACAGGGAAUGCACGAGCUGCUGGCUCCUAUCGUCUUCACCCUCCACUGCGACCACCAGGCCUUUCUCCAUGCCAGUGAGUCUGCGCAGCCAAGUGAGGAAAUGAAGACUCUCCUGAACCCUGAAUAUCUGGAACAUGAUGCCUAUGCAAUGUUCUCACAGCUUAUGGAAACUGCUGAACCUUGGUUUUCUACUUUUGAGCAUGAUGGUCAAAAGGGGAAAGAAACCCUGAUGCCGCCUAUCCCCUUUGCUAGACCACAGGAUUUGGGGCCAACAAUUGCUAUUGUUACUAAAGUCAACCAGAUCCAGGAUCAGCUACUGAAGAAGCAUGAUAUUGAGCUUUACAUGCACCUGAACAGACUAGAAAUUGCGCCACAGAUUUAUGGGUUACGGUGGGUGCGGCUGCUGUUCGGCCGAGAGUUCCCGCUGCAGGACCUCCUGGUGGUCUGGGACGCCCUGUUCGCAGAUGGCCUCACCCUGACUUUGGUUGACUACGUCUUCGUGGCCAUGUUGCUCUACAUCCGAGAUGCUUUGAUCUCCAGCAGCUACCAGACCUGUCUCGGCCUUCUGAUGCAUUACCCACUCAUCGGGGACGUCCACGCGCUGAUUCUCAAGGCUCUGUUCCUUCGUGAGCCGAAGAGAAAUCCAAGACCAGUGACCUACCAGUUCCAUCCAAAUCUGGAUUAUUACAAAGCCCGAGGAGCAGACCUCGUAAAUAAAAGCCGGACCAAUGCCAAAGGCGCUCCCCUAAAUAUCAAUAAGGUCUCGAACAGCCUGAUUAACUUCGGAAGGAAGCUGAUUUCCCCCGCGGCAGCCCCGGGUGGUGCAGGAGGCCCCGUGGCAGUGGGCAGUGGCAGCACCCCCUCCCCGGCGGCGGCUCCCACCAGGACCUUGGCGGAGGCCCCCAGGCACGCUCUGCAGCAGCAGCAGCAGAGGCUGAUGAAAUCGGAAAGCAUGCCCGUGCAGCUGAACAGCGGACAAAGUUCUAAAACCAUCAGUUCCUCCCCGAGCAUUGAGAGUUUGCCUGGAGGGAGAGAGUUCACUGGCUCCCCACCUUCAUCUGCUGCUAAGAAGGAUUCCUUUUUCAGCAACAUCUCCCGAUCGCGCUCACACAGCAAAACUAUGGGCCGGAAAGAAUCUGAAGAAGAAUUAGAAGCCCAAAUUUCCUUCCUUCAGGGACAGUUGAAUGACCUGGAGGCCAUGUGCAAAUACUGUGCGAAGGCGAUGGACACUCAUCUUGUAAAUAUUCAAGAUGUGAUAUUACAGGAAAAUCUGGAAAAGGAGGAUCAGAUUCUGGUUUCCCUGGCCGGACUAAAGCAGAUCAAAGACAUCCUGAAGGGCUCCCUGCGUUUCAACCAGAGCCAGCUGGAGGCCGAGGACAACGAGCAGAUCAGCAUCGCAGACGACCACUACUGCUCCAGUGGUGCUGCCCAGCAGGCCCCGCCAGCAGCCCCGGGUCGCCGGGAGCGGCCGGGCGCGGACGACUUCGUCCUGGUCUCCAAGGAUGGCGAGGAGCGCGGCGCCGGGCCGAGCCCCGCGGGCCAGGCCCAGCCGCUGCGGCCACUCCGGGGCGCCGCCCGGCCGGUGCUCGUGUUCUCCGACCCGCUGACCGGCCCGGCCUCCGCCUCGUCCAGCAACCCCAGCUCCAGCCCUGACGACGACAGCAGCGGCCACAGCAAGGACUCGGGCUUCACCAUCGUGAGCCCGCUGGACCUCUGACGGCCGCCGGCCACCCUGCUGCCGCGGAGACGCCCCUGCGCGCACGCCGGCUGCCACCCUCGGGGCAGCGCCCACCUCUCCUCCGCACUCCCGGGCCUUCGGGGGAGGGGAGCGGGCCUCCAGCCUGCCCUGGGGCGCCGGCCGGGACCGCUGGGCGCGGCGCAGCAGGGCUCCAGCGUUCUCCAGCCUCAGACCCCACGGACCCGGCUGUCAGCGCCCCUCCUGGGACAGCCCAGACAGCCGUCGGAAACGAAGGCCGCGAGCACCUAGCUGGCCUUGCUGCACGACCCGAUGGCGCCGCCUGCAGCAGGGCCUCCAGGAGCAGGGCAGCUCCCGGGAGGCCCCGCUUUCCCCUGUUGCUUGGCUCAUCCCUUUGAAGAGAAGGUCAAAAGAGGGUUGACUUUUGCAGUGUGGAAGUCCGGACUGACCCUCAGCUGGGUCACUCCCCCGCCAGACUCUGUGAGUGCAGGCAGCCCGCGUCACCGCUUUUGUCCGCAGCCUCUGCAUCUGGGAAAGGAAGUGUCAGAUGGAAUGAUCUCGGGUUCUCAAUUUUGCUGAUGCUAAAAGCCUGUGUGAACAGCAAAAAUGACAUGUGCCUUGCUCUGUCAUUUAAGUCACAUACUAGCUAAUAUCUUCUGUUACUAUAAAUGUAGCAAUUUCUUAAUAUUUUGUCUUUUUUUUAUGAAUUCUGGAUUUUCAGUGAAUAUUGCUAUUUACCAGCCAGAUAAGUUCAGGGAUUGCUAACAGUAAUCUAAAUCACACAUUAUUUUAUUUCUCAGUCUACAAAUUACUUUUAAUUUUUUACUGUUUUCCACUCGUUUUGUUUUUCCAUGUAGAGUUCAUUUCAGAAUAAGAGCCUCGGUUACUGGCUGGCUGCUCACUCGUGUGAGCAGGAAACUGCACUAUUUUUAUUCAAGUAACAGGUUUACUUUUCUAACUGGAAUGAUACUGAGUGAAGACCAGUGGAGACGCACACCUUAAUUGAGCACACUAUCAGGCCAAUGAUAGGAGCCAGGCCGAGGACUUAUUUUGUCAAAGGACAUUUCAGGGUCUGGGCAGAAAUAAAUCCAGUAUAUCAGCCUGAGCAGGUGCCGUGAGCAAACAGUGAGGUGCCACAGUGCAGAUCCCACAUAGUUGACGAGUGGCUGAAAAGAAAAUGGACAGAUCAAAAGGCAGUUAUUGAGGAUUUAGAAACCUUCCACCCUUCCAAAAUUUGCGAGCAGUUUGGUUUGGGAGAAGCAGUCACUAGGCUGCAGUGUCUAGUAGCUUUUCCAGAAUAGUGUGGCGCUUCACUGAUCUGGAAAAUAAAGUCUGGUGUUAACGACUCAGCUGGCCGGAGGAACACGGCAGCUGCUGCAGCCGCUCCACGUGCCCCUGGGCCACGGUCCGCACGGGGUCCAGGCUCGCCCCGCAGGACCUGAGAGGCUGAGACGGGGGCGAGGGGUUGGUGGCCUCACAGAUAGUGGCCACUGUGUAAAGUCGGGGCCACUGUAUGUACCGAAAGCAAAAUGCCAAACCAGACACGCUUCUGACAAAGCUGUUUACCAAGUCGCUGGCCACUCUUAGUAGAAUUACCUUGAACUGGAAAAUUUUAAACUUUCAUUAAAUGCACGUACUGCUGUUGGAGAAAUACCAUCAAACGCCUUUUUAACGUGGCCACUGCUGCGUACAGUGAAGAGCUAUGUACAGCAUGUUGCUGCCACACCGGUGGCCUUUACACGGCCUGCGCGCCCAGCGGGGUCUCCAGCCAGGCGCGGCCGUCUCCCCGCGGUGCCCUUGAAGCCCGUGGCUCUGCACGUCCUGGCUCUCAGCAGGCAUGCUGCCAGAGCCACCCAGAACCCAGAGGCCCCAGCAAUCAUACAUAAGCAAGUAAGCCUUGUCUUAGGGGUUGGUUCCUCCCCGCUGCCCCCAGUAAAUACUGCUUAGACCACACAGUGCAUCUGCGUCUUAAGACGUUGUUUUCUGUUAGGAAAAUGUCUUCAGAGGGACUGGAGUGGCUAGUCUGUUGCUCACAGUGGAACUGAGUUAUGGCGCCUUUGCAUACAAACACAGCAUAUUUGGGCCCGGAAGAGAAUUUCUUGUUAAAGAGUUUAUUUGCCUCCAUAAGCAGGGCUGCUACAUACAUUCACAGUUUUAAUAGACUGCAAUUAGCUAUUCCAGUUGUGCUUUAAAAUCCCCAAAAUUAUUUCCAUUAUUGAGUGCAAAGCAAACGUCCCAUCCGGCGGACAGUCGGCCCUAGAGUUACAGACUCUGGUCCCCUCCAGAAAGGCCCUCAUGCUCCAGUCUCAUCGUUUGCCUUCUCGGGUAUGGCCUCGAGGCUCCGCCGCGGCUUCGGGGCGUCGGCGUUUUCCGUGCCUGGUUUGUUGAGCCCGCAGGAGACGGCCGCGUACUGGAUCUGCUUCAGGUUCUCCACGGUCUCGUUCUUGGCGUAUUUCAGGAGGUCGGCUUGUCCCUGUGGUGAAAGACGAAUGAGACAGUGUGAGCGGGGCCGCGGCGCGCGGCCACACGGCAGGGGGCGUCCGCUGGCGCGGAGACGUUUGAGGCCUCAAGAGGGUGCGUUCAUUUCUGAGCGCGCUGACUCCAACUAGGUCAGUUUAACACAACGACAAAAGUGAGCUCUCGCAGUUCUCGACAGCAGACUCCCAGCGUGCUGCCCGUUCAGCCCUCUCCACUUUCUGGGGUAUUUGAUUUUUACAUGCGUGGAAUCAAGCAGUUAUAUUUUUCUUCAGCUUCCUUUAUUUUUUUUCCACCAAAAGUCACGUCUCGGCAAUCUUUCCAUGUCAGUAUAUACAGAUCUACCAUAGGCUGACAGAAUUUUUAAAAUUCUCCAGAUGGUCUCGGGUGAUUAAGGUGGUAAUAACAAGAGUUCUCUAUCUGCUUGAGUCUUACAUUUCUCAUGUUCAGACAAGUUAUCACAACAUUGUCAACAGCCCAGACCGUUGUCCAGCGGCGACACCAAGGACCCUUACAUGUGACAAAGCCAGGCCUGGGAGCCCCCUCACUCCUACGCUGCCCUGCGCGCCUGCAGCUCCAGGGCCCCGGACCUGGCACUGGGACGAGGCUGAGCAGAGAAGGGUCUGAGGCUGAGAGGGCGCUCACUGCGGCAGCGUUCACUCCCGUCGCUUCAGAGCCCAUCGGAAGAGCAAAGGCCACUGAAAAUGCCGUCGCCCACCCACGACCCAGGGGCUCUGGAUUUGGACACACCGACCACGCUGGCUUGGCAGUGUUUUCAUUUGAGAAACUGAAACGCUAUUUGGUUUCACACAUUCUGCUUCCAGUUUUAUAACUAAUUCCAUUUUCUUUGUACCCUGAAAGACUUACAACAACCUUACAGGUCAAAUAUUUAAGGUUCUCAUUUAGAAAAUAAUCUUUAGACGAUGUAGCUGAAGGCAGGGCUCUUGCUGACUGCUGCUCAACCGGGGCUGGGGCAGAGGCUGGAGCAGCCGGGAAAGGAAUGGCCUCAGCAGGCGCAAAGUACCGGAGCCAGCAGCCGCCCAGCAGCAGCGGGCCCGUCAACAAGCUUACCGUGUGACCGCAAAAGAUGUCCUCGUUAUUAAUAAAAG